CAGGAUUUCCUACUUUUCUACAACUGUCUCUCUUCCUCUCUCCCCUCACUCUCUUCUUACUUCCUCCACCCCCACAAUCUCUAAAGCCAUCCUGUGGACUAGUAGUAGUUGGAAUCACUUUGUUCAAUUCUUGAAGAUAUACAAGUUUUGAGCUCCCAAGAUUGUAGAGAAGGCCAAGGCCACAGUGUGCUAGCUGGAGAUCACAGUAUCACAGUAGCACACCCACAAACUAUAUACUGCACAUACAAUUUUCACCACUACACUAGGCUAGAAGAUAUCUUAGCUUAGUUCUUUUUGUGGUGGUAUUAUUUGCACAUACAUAUACUCCACUUUUUAUUCAUCUGUCAUUAGCUCAUAUUAGACCAAAUAAAGGCAAGGCCUUUCUUUAACUCAUUGGCAAAAAAGGGUUUUUAUUUUUUGUUUUUAACUUCUUUAUCCAUUGACAUUGAUCUUAGUCUUUGAGUGUGGCUUGCAUGGAAGUGGUGGUGAGCAAUCUGCAGGGUGGUGGAAACAACAACGACAAUGGGACGAGGGAGUACAGGAAAGGGAACUGGACGGUGCAAGAGACGAUGGUUUUGAUAGAGGCAAAGAGGAUGGAUGAUGAGCGGAGAAUGAGGAGGCACGCCGGCGAGAGCAGCGGUGGGGAGAGGGGUAAACCGCCGGAGCUCAGGUGGAAAUGGGUGGAGGAUUAUUGCUGGAGCAAUGGGUGCCUGAGGAGCCAAAACCAGUGCAAUGACAAGUGGGAUAAUCUGAUGAGGGAUUUCAAGAAGGUGAGGGAGCACGAGAGGAGAGUAGUGUCUGAUCCUCAACAGAGACCAUCACAUGGCGGCGGCGGCGGCGGUGACGGUGGUAAUAAUGUUAAGUCAUAUUGGAAGCUGGACAGGGUUGAGAGGAAAGAUUGCAACUUGCCCACCAACAUGCUGCGUGAAAUUUAUGAGGCAUUGAUCGACGUUGUUGAGAAGAGGGCCGGGGGCGGUCAAAGAGCGGUGGUGGGUAGCCGUGGCGGCGGAGGCUCUGCCUCUGCUUCCACCUCUGGUUUCAUCCCUCAGCUCCCCCCUCCAAUCCAUCCACCUGAACCUCCGCAAGUCGUGGCAGCACUGCCACUCCCCCCACCUCCGCCGCCGGCUACACUAGCACAGACGCCGGCGUUUCAUUUUCAGCACCACCGGCCACCUACCACUACGCAAUCCUUCCCCACAGUAGAUGGGUGAAAGCUCAGAUCCUGAGACAAGUGAGCAAUCAGACUCACAAGCAAAGAGAAGAAGGGUGGGAGAAGAGGAGGGGACACAAGAGAGGGGAAACAAAAACAGCACUAAUAAUUCCCUUGAAGUUGGGCCUGCAAUUUCAAGGAGUGCCACUUUGAUAGCAGAAGCCAUUCAGUCAAGUGAGGAGAGAGAGGAGAGAAGGCACAGAGAGAUGCUGAACCUGCAUGAGAGGAGACUUCAGAUUGAGGAAUCAAAGGCUGAGAUUAACAGGCAGGGAAUCAAUGGUCUUGUAGAUGCCAUCAACAGACUUGCUAAUUCCAUCCUUGCUUUGGCUGCCAACAAGAAUCAACCUCCCCCCUCCUGACAACUCACAUUCCACAUGAAUCCCCCUAUCAUUAAACUUUAAUUACCACUGGGUUGAAAGUGGUGAGUUACUGCUGUCAAUGUUUUACCCCAGCCCAUGUCAGAAAGUUAAAAAGGAACAGAAAGAUUAAAAAAAAAGUAGAAUCAAUCUGUUCCAAAAUAGUGGUCUUGAUCCUCUUUCAGUACUAAUGAUUUCAGUCAGUACUGGAAUAAAAACAGUAUAUUUUGAUAUAGAUCCAUUUCUUAUACUGUAAAUAACUUGCUCAUGCAUUGAUUAGUAGCAUGUAUUUUAGUUCAGGACUUUUAGCAUGUAUUCAUUUCGCAUUUUUUCUUAUGGAAGUUUUAUGUUCUGCCACCC